CCCGGUGGGUUGGCCUCGGGAGUCUCUGGGCGAAGAUGGCGUCAGUGAGGCAGGCUUUCCCGCGGAGGCUGGUGGGCUUGGCGUCCCUCCGGGCUGUGAGCACCUCCUCCAUGGGCACUUUGCCAAAGCAGGUGAAGAUCGUGGAAGUCGGUCCCCGGGACGGGCUGCAGAAUGAAAAGAGUAUUGUUCCCACCCCAGUGAAGAUCAGGCUAAUCGACAUGCUUUCCGAAGCAGGGCUCCCCGUGAUCGAGGCUACCAGCUUUGUCUCUCCCAAGUGGGUGCCGCAGAUGGCUGACCAUUCUGACGUCCUGAAGGGCAUUCAGAAGUUUCCUGGCAUCAAUUACCCAGUCCUGACUCCAAACAUGAAAGGCUUUGAGGAGGCGGUAGCUGCGGGUGCCAAGGAAGUGAGCAUCUUCGGGGCUGCGUCUGAACUCUUCACCCAGAAGAACGUGAACUGCUCUAUAGAGGAGAGUUUCCAGCGCUUUGCUGGAGUCAUGCAGGCAGCACAGGCUGCCAGCAUCCCUGUGAGAGGGUAUGUCUCCUGUGCCCUCGGAUGCCCCUACGAGGGGAAGGUCUCCCCCGCUAAAGUUGCUGAGGUCGCCAAAAAGUUGUACUCGAUGGGCUGCUAUGAAAUCUCCCUUGGGGACACCAUCGGUGUAGGCACCCCAGGACUCAUGAAAGAUAUGCUGACUGCUGUCAUGCAUGAAGUGCCUGUGGCCGCACUGGCUGUCCACUGCCAUGAUACCUACGGUCAAGCUCUGGCCAAUACCUUGGUGGCCCUGCAGAUGGGUGUCAGCGUUGUGGACUCCUCUGUGGCAGGACUUGGAGGCUGUCCCUAUGCAAAAGGGGCAUCAGGGAACUUGGCAACUGAGGACCUGGUCUACAUGCUGACUGGCUUAGGGAUUCACACGGGUGUGAACCUCCAGAAGCUCCUGGAAGCCGGGGACUUCAUCUGUCAAGCCCUUAACAGAAAAACCAGUUCCAAAGUGGCACAGGCCACCUGUAAGCUCUGAGACCCUAGUUCGCCUGAAGCGGAACUGUGGGAGUUGGGUGUGUACAUGAUUCCUGGAUGAGGAAAUGGAAUGAGAGCAAAUGAGCUGGCAUCACAGAGGUCCUGUUCCCUGACAGAAAGGGCUAGAGCUGCCAGACCCAGGCCAGCUCCCCAGAGCUGUGCCUAAUCACUUGCUUGGGAUGGCCCUGGGUGAGUCUGCUACCCAACAGAGCUGAUGUCCACUGUGCCACAACAGCAGGCCCUUUGUUCUACCUCUAAGGACAGAGAGCAGUUUCCCCUUAUGCCAGCAGAGCAUUUGUUGGAAUGGUGGGGGUUGAUCUGCUUCCGUGGUCAUCUGCCAACUCCAGCAUCUUUGGGAAAUCUCCACUCUGUACGUGAUUUUUUUUUUUUUUUUUUUUGAAAACAGCUUAUGUAAUUAAAGGUUUAAUUUUCUAAUAU